UAUUGUAUGUGUGUGUGUAAAAUCCCAAGUGUGUGUGUGUAAAUGAAAUAAGAUAAUAAAAUAUGAUAAAUGUGAUGAGUCGUUAUUGAUUCGGUGUGUGCGCUCUAAAAUAUGAUAAUUCUCUAUUGAUUCUGCAUGCGUGUACUAUCUCUUGACUGGCCCAUACUUAUUACAAGAUUCAGGAUGUGGUCAACCAUCCACGUAUAUGUGACUCCGAUAUUCAUAUUCUUAUUUAAACAGAUAACCAUGUGAACAAUUUAACUUAUUCACACGCCCAGUUUCGAUGUUCAUGAGAACCUCUUAUAAUGUGUGUUUUAUAUUAUGAGACUACGCAGUACGCGACAAAAGUUAUAGGAUUCUUUUGAAUAUUUAUUGAACCGAAAUCGAUUCCACAACAUUUCGAACCGAUAACACAAUAUUUAUUGGACUGAUAAAACUUAUUGGUCCUUUGUGCAACGGGCCAAAUUUUUAUCGAUUCGAUAACCUAGUUAUUGGUCCUUUGUGCAACCGGGCCUAAGUGCUAUAAAAUCCCAACCCUGGUGAUAACCUUAUCUGAUGGCUUAUCUUAGUCGUAAUGGAGGGAAAAUUGAUUUCAAUAUUUUUUUUGUUCUCCGAGUUUUACUUUUACGUCAUUCCUCCGCCGCGUAACGGAUACGAUUGUUACGCUAAGAGGAUUGUUUUUCGCGCACAGUAUAUGGACUCCAAGCUCUGUGGAACACGCUUGUAUACGCUUGGCGCAAUCCGUCCAGUUGAGCUGUAAUCCUAAAUUGCACGUACGAGCUGUGUUUUCUCAGUGGUGUUCGAUCCAUUCGGAACACGUCGAAGGAGAAUCGGUCAACUGGUAUGGAAUUCGUUGCGAGAAGUUUUUUGAGAUGCCACUCGAGGACCGACAACGAUUCGGCAGAUGUCUCCACACAGGUGUGGCAAGCAGUAUUUGAACCGUCUAAAACAUCUAAUUUGGUGGCUACAUGUGGCGGAAAUAAGGUUUGCAUCAUUGAUGUGAAGACCGCAACCGUUCAGUAUAGAUAUACUUGGCCAAAAGGAAUUUUUUACACAAUAUCAUGGAGUACAGCUUGUCCAGAAAAUAAUAUAUUAGCUACUGCUGGAACAAACAAUACGAUCGUGUUUAUAGACCUAUCAACUAAAUCAGCAUAUUUUCAUUACAAAGAUUUUGAUUAUAAAAAUUGUAAAAUUUUUAUAAGCUCGAUUUUAUUUCAUCCUUUUGAAAAAAAACUAUUUUGUGCCCAAAACGAUGGACAUUUAUACAUAUUUAAAUUUGAAAUCAAUGAAAGACGUAUCAUAAACCUGAAUAAAGAAUAUGUUGUGGAUUUUAAAUGUGAAAUAUUUGGAUUGGCAAUUUGCACAACUUAUGAUUGCUUACUCAUUGCUACCAAUGCCGGAUUAAUGGGAUGGAAUAACUCUCAGAGUCAGAAUCAAGAACUCAUUGUUUUUGAAUUUCCUGAAAAUCCCAAUGAUUUGUACAAGGGACAAAAUGAAAAGGUGAUAGAUUCAAUUGAAACUAUUAAAAACGGUUGGAUAGCUACCAAAGUAGCUUUGCACGGAGUUAUAUAUAUUUUCAAUCUACAAACACCACUGUCCCAAAUCAAAAACAACCAUUGUGUAGUAAAACCAGCAUAUAUUUUAAAAUGGAGUGAUACGGAUAACUAUUUUAUGGGCUGCGGUAUUGGUCUCGAUGGAAAACUCUUGGCAUGUGGAGACGAUAAAGGUAGAAUUUGGAUUUACAAUCUAAAACAAAUUGACUUUAAAAAUGUAAAAGAUGACCAUACUAAGACCAUUGAUGCAUAUACUGUAUUAAAAUGGCCUAAACUUCAAGACUGUUAUUUAAAAAAGAGAAAAAAAUUGGAAGUAGAUGUUUAUGACAUUGUAAUGGCCAAAUGUGCAGUACACUCUAGUGGCAAAUAUCUUGUAGCUGUAACUAAUAACAAUUUUGUUUGCUUAUAUUCGCUGUCUAAACUUACCUGAAAUACAAUGUUGUUUAAGAUACAAUUUUAAUUGAAGUAUUGUAUUCAUAAAUUAUAAUAAAUAAAAUAUAAACAUUUUAAAAUGCAA